AUGGCAGUGAGGAAACCUUUGAAGCAAUUUACUACUCCCUUGGGUUCCGGUGCUGGAGUACCCAAGGAGAAAAGACCACCAAAAGUCACUGACUCGGCCACGCGUUUGGCUCGACCUUUUAAAGUUCCAUUUGCCUCGCGUGGCCAAAGUGGUCAUGGUGGUACUGCAACGACGCGAGGACGUCCUAUUCGUGAUGCCCGACGGAAAGUUACAACUUAUGCAGAUGGUGUUAUGACUGAAGAAGAUUUACCGGUUGAUUCUGAAGGCGAAGUAAUCCAUCAAAAAAGAUUUGGAGCUCUUAUGCCGCGAGCUAUUCUAAACGGUCACAACUUGACUAAUAAUGAAAAUAAACUAAAGCGAUCUUUUACAGUGCCCUUCAAGAAGGAAAAUAUAAAAGAAGGAGAUAUCAUACGGGGCCCACCACCACCAUUAGGAACAAAAAUUCGGCCUAUACUCCCACCAAGACCGCUUUAUGAUCCUACCAGUGAGUUUGCAGUAGUGUUGUAUGACCCUACUGUGGAUAUUAUUCCAAAGGCAGAUGAUGAGAAAGAAGAGAAACAAGAACUGCCUACACCAGAACCGCAAGAACCACAAGCUAAAAAAAGAAGAGUUCACAAAUCACUUGCUGAAAUCUUGGGUAUUGUAACAGAUCCAGAAGCAGCACUUGCCAAGUAUCCCGAUGUUCCCGUUGUUAUUGAUCCUAAACUAGCAAAGAUUCUUCGUCCGCAUCAAGUUGCCGGGGUUAAGUUUUUAUAUAGAUGUACUGCUGGAUUAAUUGAUCCACGAGCAAAGGGAUGUAUCAUGGCAGAUGAGAUGGGGUUGGGGAAAACAUUACAAUGCCUUGCUCUUAUGUGGACAUUACUUCGUCAAUCUCCUCGAGGAAAACGUACAAUUGAAAAGUGUAUUAUUGUAUGUCCCUCUUCUUUGGUUCGUAAUUGGGCCAAUGAAAUUGUUAAAUGGCUAGGAGAAGGCGUAUUGACCCCCUUGGCAGUUGAUGGGAAAUCAACCAAAUCAAAUGAUCUAGGUUUAGCAUUACAACAAUGGUCAACAGCUACUGGUAGAAACGUUGUCCGUCCAGUGUUAAUUGUUUCUUACGAAACUUUACGAAGAAAUGUUGAUAAGUUGGCCGGUACAGAAGUUGGGCUAAUGUUAGCUGAUGAAGGGCAUAGAUUAAAGAAUGGUGAUUCGUUAACAUUUACAGCAUUAAACUCGUUAAAAUGUGAAAGAAGAGUUAUUUUAUCAGGGACCCCAAUCCAAAAUGAUUUAUCCGAAUAUUUUUCGUUGUUAAACUUUGCCAACCCAGGUUAUUUAGGUACAAGAAAUGACUUCAAACGUAAUUUUGAAAAUGUUAUUCUUCGGGGAAGAGAUGCCGACGCUACUGAUAAAGAACGAGCCAAGAGUGAUGAAAAAUUGACAGAGUUAUCACAAAUGGUAUCCAAGUUCAUUAUUAGAAGAACCAAUGAUAUUUUGUCAAAAUAUUUACCGGUCAAAUACGAAUAUGUUUUAUUCACAGGGUUAUCACCCAUGCAAAGUGCUCUAUAUAACUAUUUCAUUACAUCUCCAGAAAUCAAGAAACUUCUUCGAGGUACAGGAUCACAGCCAUUGAAAGCAAUUGGUUUAUUGAAGAAACUUUGCAAUCAUCCAGAUUUAUUAAACCUCCCCGACGAUAUUGAAGGUUGUGAAGAAUUAAUCCCCGAAGAUUAUUCUUCCUCCAUAGGGGCCAGUGGAAGAAACAGAGAGAUUCAAACUUGGUUCAGUGGUAAGUUUAUGAUUUUGGAAAGAUUCUUGCAUCAAAUAAAUACAGAAACCAAUGAUAAGAUUGUUCUUAUUUCAAAUUACACACAAACUCUUGAUCUUAUUGAGAAAAUGUGUCGUUAUAAGAAAUAUGGUGUUCUUAGAUUAGAUGGUACUAUGAAUAUCAAUAAACGUCAGAAGUUGGUGGACAAAUUUAAUGAUCCAGAUGGUUCAGAAUUCAUCUUCUUGUUAUCUUCAAAAGCAGGUGGUUGUGGUAUUAAUUUAAUUGGUGCCAACAGAUUAGUAUUGAUUGAUCCAGAUUGGAAUCCAGCUCUGGAUCAACAAGCUUUAGCUAGAGUAUGGAGAGAUGGACAAAAGAAGGAUUGUUUUAUUUAUAGAUUCAUAUCAACAGGUACAAUUGAAGAGAAGAUUUUCCAGAGACAAUCCAUGAAAUUAUCACUCUCAAGUUGUGUGGUUGAUGAAAAAGAAGAUGUUGAAAGAUUAUUUAGUGCUGAUAAUUUGAGGCAAUUAUUUCUAUACGCACCAGAUACAAUAUGUGAUACACAUGACACUUUCCAUUGCAAACGUUGUUCAUUGGAGAAGGGCCAAUUUCUAAAACCACCAGCUAUGUUGUACGGAGAUGCCACUACUUGGAACCAUUUAAAUCAUGCUUCUUUAGCUAAUAAUCAAGAUUCAUUGAUUGCAAAUGAGUCGCAAUUCAAUGAUAUUUCCUUUGCUUUUCAGUAUAUAUCGCAUUUGUAA